AACCUCAAAAACAAGUUCAUCACAUAAUGCGACGACAUCGACAGUAGGGUCUUCUACAGGAGGAGGUAGGCUCCACAAAGGAGAAACUGGGGCUGAUCUUCGUGGAGGGUCAACUAGUCUGUUCGGUUCGACGAUAUCACCACCACAUUCUACCGGAAACCAACGCAGCUCCGGUGCUAGAGGAGUUGCGCAGACACCUCUGGGCUUCGGCAAGCCUAGCCCCUCUACUUCACAGCGCGAGACUAGUCCUUUUGCAGCCGGUUGGGCAACUCAUUCGUCGAAACUGAACUAUGUAACUACAACUCCAGCAGGUUCUUCUUCUUCUUCUAGGAACCAAGGCCAAGGACAGCGAGGUCUUGAACCAGAUUUCUUCUCUGACGAUGGUCAGCAGCUUUUUCCCGACGAGACGUCACCGGUUCGGAGCAGGUCAGUGUCGCCACGAUUAGACACGACUGCGAUGCAGACAAUGCUCAGAAUGACUGGUGACAGUACAAGACCAAAAAGAAAGCCAAACAAACAACAGGGAGGACCACAGUCACCUCUAUUAAACUCCGAUGCUUAUUGCGCAGCUCAGAAGCAGAAACGACAAGAGCGUCCAAGCUCAGCUCGUAUCUUUAGGCCUUACGAGUCUCUGCGCAGUAUUACUGGAGGCAUACGAGGUUCGGCCUCUACACGUGGUUCAUCUAGACCUGUCUCGAUGGAGCGGGCUCGCAAUGCUGCUGCAAUCUUAGCUAGAGACGCGAUUGAGGAGUCCGAAUUUGCUUCAGGACAUAUACGGUCUCGAAGUCGCACACCUCGUGGUGGAUCUAGACAAGGCUCGAAGUCUCCUAGUCAGUCCCGAAGUGCGUCACGAACAGUACCUGUAGCACCUGGACAGGAUGACAACAUGCUAGGAGGCGAUGAGGAUGACGACAUUCUACGUAGUACUUCCCAAGUGUUGUCUGCCACAACGCCAUUGCGGACAGAUGGAGGCUCUUUGUCUUUCCCGGACGGCGCUGGAGAGUCAACUACAACGUCUUAUUACAACAUGUUAGGACUAGGAGGAGCAGGAACGCCAGUAGGGGAACCUCCUGAUUUCUUUUCCACUAGUCUUCGGACUAGCAUCGGAACGGCCAGCAGGAUCUUGAACGACCAGAAUUCUGUUGGUCAUAGGAGGAAGGACGUCGUGAACAAUGUCUAUAAAACAGGGAAUAUCGCCACAACGGCGAGGCUGCGCGAAAAAGAACAGUAUGCUUCGGCAUAUUAUUUGAAGAGCAAUAGUACUACCGGAGGGGUGAGGAACAACUCUAGUACUAUGUCGAUGUCAAACAAGCCGAGCUGCAACAACAUCAUGGGAGCAAAUGAUAUUCUGAACGCCAGUUUCAUGUCCUCUUUAACAGCAGGCAGUCCGGGCUUUGGGACAAUGGAUGCCAUCCAUACUGCUUUCAAUGCUGUGAACAAGAACAAAGUCGUCGGGAACUACAGAGGACCAGGGCUCCAAAUCUCAGGCAGUAUGGGCAUGAAAGCAGGUGCGAGUACUAUGCCAAUGCCAAGUGGUGUGCAUCCUCCAACGGGUCCGGGUGGUGCGCAUAACGCGAGUACUAACUCGUUUUUCGGUGGAGUGGGGUCGUCUGCAUUGCUUCAUCAAGGUGCUGGAAACAACAAUCCUCAAGCUCAAAAGCAACAUGUUAAUAAUGCACAGCCAUCAAGUAUCCAGCAAAUACUGAUGCAGCAACAGAAUCAGAGACCCUCUUUCCGGACGCGACCUGGUGGACGGCCUGGGUCUGCGCCUGGUCGAAGACGAGCUACACCGCAUAACUUGAUGUCGAGGACGGGUAUUGGAUUCGGCAGUGGCAGGUAUGAUCAUGUCCGUAGUCGCUUGUACGAGAAGACAGCGUCGCAUCUGGCACGUGAAGCUUCGAACAAAGGAUACACUCUAGUGCCGACGUCGAAGAAAGUGGACACAAGUGUUAUGGUCCGGGAGUUUGAUGCAUACUACGUAGAUAGGAGGUUUACGUUAGUAGAUGAUGGAUAGAGAGAUGCUUGGAUGGACGACACUGCACUUCUUGAUAGAUCCAAGACACUAUUGAUGAGACCUUCGCUUCAUCGUCCGAAUCAGUCUAAAGACCUUCAUGUUGCAUAAAUUUUAGGCCACUGGGCGAAAGAGGAGAGUCAGACAAAGGCAGAAGUUGCAACCUCGUUAGGAGAAGCGGCGGAUGUUCUAAGGAAGUCACUUCAUUGCGGAAAGAUGACAUCUAACUUCUCUCCCGAGCUGCGUCCACAAGUUGCCACCGCAGUGGCGCAGCAGCUGCAUCACCAAGUCAGGUUGGAUCCUGAGAAUUUAGCCUCUAUCGGCAAAAACUUAGGUCCAUCGGAUAUGUUCUUCCCGAGAACCAAUGUCUCUAGGUCGCCGUCCCCGAGAAUGGAAGUGGCUAAAAUUGGACAGAAGAUAGCGAACAGUCAAGCGCGCAGUCGGUCACGGCCAUCUUCAGCAAGACCUGCGAGUGCUCGGACGCCUUCCGCGAGGUCGCCUUUAGUUAUGGGUUAAGGAGUCAGUCCUCUCUCAAAGUUCUGAUGUUGUAGUCCAAUUUGUCUCGUCAUGGUAUACUUCUAAUCCCGAACAGGCUCCCGCAGUCCAGCAACCCCCAUCAACUCUUACCCCAGCACCAGCAUCAGCGCCACUUCGUCCAGCAUCGGCGACUGCAAGACUGCAGCAGCAGGGUUCUGCUAGUCAAAACCAGUGGCCAGGGGCAGGAGCAGGCUCACCAGCAGGUUACCCCUUCGAAGUCCGAGACGAGUUAGAUGAUGCUUCUGAGAGGGAGACAAAAAAGGCAACGUUGGCGGAUCAAAUCAAGAAUGGUGCAGCGUCGACAGCAGUGUCUCCGGUUGGGGUCGGGGAAAGCGGCAAGCAGGAUUUGGCAAAACCGCAAGAAACGCUCAAGGUCGAGGCGGAGAAGGAGACUGCAGUCGCACCAGUACCAGUAAAAGAGCUUACACAUUCGGGAGAGGCAGUACCAGAGUUGUCCAAGCCUCAACAAGAAGAAACUCCAAUCCCCGACGACGCUGUAUCGGAAGAUGGUUUUUCGUUAGGACCUAUGGCCAGCGACGUGCGGUCUUUGAGGAAUGCACUGCGAAAGUGUAGAUUGUGGUCGCAACUCCAUGAGUUGCAAAAAGAGUUGAACGACCCACGAAAAGGCGAUGCACUUCUUGAAAAGCCAGCGGCUGACCUUGUCCUUCGGGUGUGGGCUUUACUGUGGAGACGCGAGGGAGGUGCGGCUGAGGUUGUGUUAGGAUGCUGAAAUUUGUCUAAGUAGUUUUUUCAAAAUUCAAUAGAGUAGAAGCACGGAGCAACACAAACAAGAGUACUUCCGUUUGGGGACGGUUAUCAAAACCAACAAUACUGCAGGAGCAGUAUGGUUGGCGUUGAUCCGUAGUACUACUGCAGGGAAGAAACCUUUAUCCCUCACCGCCAUAAACAUCCUCUAAUCCUCAGCCAGUGGAAAAACGAUCACGGAAAGUCCUCUCUCGCCCAAGAGCAAUGGUUUGAGGGUUUUUUAGCCACAGUCGCCAUGUUCCAGAACUGGGGUAGUAGUCUCAGAAGGACUUUGUUUCCUACUGGAAAGCAGCUUGCCGAAGCGACUCCGGAGGUCAACGAAGCCCGUAUUCGCCGUGCGAUUAUGGCUCUGCUGUGCGUGGCGGAAGCGGACAGUGUAUUCCAACCUUUUGACGAUGUGCAUGUGGAGCUAGACGUUUUUUCGAAACUAGAACAACAAGAAAGUUCUUCACCUUCACUCAUGGCUUGUAAGAAAGCUCUUUACGCCUUAUUCGCGGAGUACGACUACGAACCUUCGGCGUUGGUUCGUGUGCCGAAAGAGGAAGCUGACGCAGGAAGCUUCUGGGCAGGAUGCGAAGCUGCUCUAGGCGUAAAUACAGGCGAAGACGGCCUACAAGAUCGAGAAUGGACACUGUUGCUAGCGCGUGUUCAGGUGGAAAAAGUCCCGGAGGACAAGGUAAAGAAAAUCAUAAAAGAGCAUCUUUCUGGUGGUGGAGCGAUGAACUCUGCUUCAUCUGGCGGUCAAAAUGGGACUGGAGAAGCUACCAAGAAGCAGCCACCAAGCGUUGCGGAGUCCGAUCUCGAAGUUGUAAAAACGGAUAGUGAUUUGUUUGAGGCUUUUCCAACUUCUAAGAAAGCGAGUCCUGCGGCGUCUGAGUCAGAGGAGCAAAGCUUCGAUACCCGGGUCAAGUCGUUUGGAGCAGCAGCGGGUACUUCAUCUUGCUUACUAUGCUGAUACUUAAUACGUAUGGAGAGUGACCAAGAAUGUGAAUGCUCGUUGUAUUGUAGUUCGUAAGCUGCUCCUGCAUCAUAAAAAUCCUCUUGUAAGUUCCUAAAUCAUCCUCGUCCAUCCACCCCAUCAGCCCAAGAGCGCGAAGACCCACUGCCAAAAGUUGCCACCGACAGCAACUAUGAGGACGAUGAAUUUGAGAAGGAGGAGUCGGCUGAGUCUUUUGACCCCUUUAAAUCAUCGUCGGAACAGAUGAAAACAUCGGAUGAAGAAGAAGAGCAAAUGAAAAGAGUUAAGAAGGAAGAGCUAAAGACGAUAACAAAGGGAGUAGAGCCUGCUCGAACCCCAGCUCCAGAAACAGUUGUUGAAGCAGCAACAGUUGUUGACCAAAGCACAACAAAGGCUACAACUACUAAGCAUGUAGUUGCGUCGUCUUCGUCGUCAUCUGUGCCUUCGGAGGUGGAGGAGAGCUUCGCAAACGAGACGUCCUCUGCCGCUGACGAGACGAGUGCCGGAACACAAUUUGUUCAAGCGCGCCAAGAAAGUACUAGUCCUGCUGUCUUAGCACCUGCAACAGGGACAGCUGCAACUGCGUCAAAACCGGAAGCACGACUGGGGGAUAGGAGUGCCGAUGAAAGUGCGAGCAAGACUGAUGAAGAGGCUGAUAGUUUGGACAACAAAGCCGAUGAAGGAGAUGAAGGCGCUCUCCAUCCACCUGAAGUGUAUGUUGUUGAACCGGCACCUUCAAUUGGCGCCACCUCGUCAGACGAGAACAAUUUUGGGGGAUCGCAACUUGUCACGACAAGCCCUCCUCGUGCUGAUGGCAGCGUCACCGUCACGAUUCCGACAAGCAAAUUACCGAUACCGGCAGCGCCAAGUGGUAGCACUUCCGCGGCCGAAACGUGGGAGAAGGAGGAGCAAGGACAACAAAAUCAGCAAUCACAAAGCAACCUGAAUUUCGUGCAAAAAAAGGAAGAAGAGACGGACGCGCGAGAUCAGUCAUCAGCACAUGCAAGCAACGAUGUGACCGCAGGAGAUAUCUAUCAAGGAUCUUCACAGGGAUCGAGGGCGUUGUCUUCGGAACAGCGGUCUUUGCUGGGAACGAGCACUUCAGAGGACGAUCCGGUUGAUUUAAGGCUACAGCAAUACUGAAUACUAUCGUUGUCCAAGACAGGUUGUACUUGUACUUAGAUUAUCUUCAUGAGAUAGACGUGCUCAUGCGCUUUCUAACAAGCAGGACCACCAGCCGAUCGAGUGCGAUGCCGUCAACGACGACCAUGCCAUCAACGACAACGAUGCCUUCUACUGCAGCGCAAAGACAGCCUGCCAUCAACGAGCUUUCCGAUGCAGGUUCUUCUAAUCUACCUCGAUUGUCCUCGUCGUCAGAGAGUAAUGCAGAAGCAGAAGAAAAAGAAGAUUAUGCACACGAUGAGCAGAUACUGAAGGCGCAAUUCGGAGUUAGUGCUUCACCGCAACAUCCAGGUGGAGGUUUCCGCGCUAUGCUGCAGCAGGCAUCCGAAGAACCGAGUCCUCCUGCGAAGAAGGAUAUUGAUGAAGAGCCUGCUCCUCAGCCAGGAACCAAUCCUUCAACGAAUCGAGAAUCCAACGACACCUAUGAAGACGAUGACUUCGAUUCUGACGCACUGCCAUUACCAGGAUCCUCUAGGUCGGAUGAUGCUGCUGUUCCGGCGAAAGAGCCAGAUGUCGAUACGAAGCCAGCAUCCGUGGCAGAGGAAAAACCUGCUGCUUCGACGGUGGAGGUGAAAGGCUCGAUGGGUGGCGGUUCGGCUCCCUCGUCUAGUGAAGAGGACUCUAGUCUGUUUGGAUCGUCUUCUUCAGGCUUACCUCUACCUUCUGAUGGUCCUCGUGCGCCUGCAGUCAGUGUCACAGCUCCUUCUCAACAGCGGCCCACCACCGGUUCAUCUGCAAACAAAGUUCCCGAAUCCUCCUCAUCGGGCAGCGACGCUGAGGCUCGCGAAAUUGAGGAACAGAGACGCAAGUUGAAACAAUAUCUUACCCCAAGUAUUAGGGCUUGAAAGUUGGCAUCUCUAUGCGCGUUUCUAUGUCUUCAAGGAGGGAAGCCCUAGAUAUGCGAGCUAGAGACGCCAACUUUCAGUCUCUAAUAGUAAUUACAAUGUCGUGGACAAAGAGAACAAUGGGGAACAGGUGCAGGAUGCAGGUACUUCUGCUAUGGUACCUUCGACGGAUUUAACGCAGCAAGAGGCAGUGCGGGAGAUCAUGUAUUCAACGCAGAUUCCUUCUAGUCAAAAGAGCACUGUCCUCAACGAAUGGAAGAGGAGGAAGUCUUUGCAACCAAUUGGAGGAGGAGCAGCAGCAUCACAAGCGUCUGGAGCCACAACACGAACGCCAAUUAUAGCACCAGUAGCCCAACAACAACAACAACAACAGCACCUCCCUAUUGGUGGCAUCAAACCAUUAGUCCCGCCACCAAGCGGGAUCGCGCCUCUGAUUCCACCUCCAUCGCUGUAUGGCGCAACUCCACCUCCAUCUCAGCCGCCUUCGGAGGCAGUACCUACUUUUGGAGGAGCUGGAUUAGUGUCGAAGAGAACAGAUGAGGAUGAGGAAGCUGGAAUCUACGAGGACGACGACUUCGACAGCGCCAGUGACUCGGUGGAGAAAAGCGAUGGAGGCGAUGUAUUAGCGGAUAGUACUAAAAAUGAUAACAUUAUGGGAUAGUUGUAAAAAUGACAACCGGUUAGUUUUUACCUCUAAAACUUAGGCUGAUCCCAUGCAGCAAAAUGAUAACAUUAUGGGUGAGAUUCUUGAUAAUUCGUGAGCCUCUCUUCAAAAGGCAAUAUUAGAAGUGAGACAACCAAUACAGAGUGCGUUAAUAAAGUAAAACAGGAAUCUGCGCAGGCGCAGUUUCUCCUCUAACAAACUGAUGAAUUUUAUGGGCAGCAGCGCACGAGGGAACAUCACUGGCAUGCACCAUGAAGAAGCACCGUCGAGCAGCGCUAGUAGUGCUACAAGUGCGCGAGGUCACGAAGACGAAGAGCAUAGUUUGCAAAUCAGCGACGAUUCUCUAGCCAGUAUCGAAAACGUGAUACGCCAAAAUCGGGAGAAGAGAGGAGAAGCUGUGUUGCCUUCAACAGCUUCUAGUCGUGUGGUGUCCUCAUCGUCUAAGGGUAGAAGUCCUACCAGAUCUGGUAGUGGCAACAAUACCACAACAACUUCAGGAGGAUCAGUCGCAUCGACUACACCAGCUACGACAGGGGCAUCUCAAAAUCCGUUUCAAAAUGCCUACAGCGAUGUUCCUGGCAUGGAUUUGGCCUCCCGCGUUGAGUACAAGGGACCACAGAAGAAGGUAACACGCUUUAUUUCGGCAGGAACGAAGAAAGACGCAUACUCGUCUAGAUCAUCGUCAUCGUCUUCGAUCAAAAAAUCCUCAAGCAACAAGAUGUCAAGUCAAGAAAGGCAAUGGCUGGAAAUUCUAGAGGAAGAGCCUGUGAUAGUGGAAAGCGACGAUGAGGAUGACCCGUUUAAAGGGGGUGUGAGCACCAUGGUGACAGGGAAGUCGAAACUGGGGAAAAAGGCAGUAGGACAAAACAAGAGCACCGCGCUGGCUUAUCUGGAUGGUACAGAGUUUCACCAUUCCUGUUUUUGUCUGCUACUAAUGCGUACUGAUUUGGUCACCUCUUUCUUAGGGCGUUUUAGUUUUUUCGUCGAUUGUGCUGCUUGAUCUCACCUCAUCUCCGCAAUGACACGACUCACGACUCUCCAUCCUCAGAACUGUAAUCGCCACACUCACAUACAGAAAUGUCAUCGACGUCCUCCUCGAUGGGAUCGUAUUCGGAGGAUGAAUUUGUCACCGUGAGCCCGUCGCGUACCGCCAGGCCGAAAUCUGCGGCGCGAGGGGGAUCGAGGCCUGUGUCUGCGCAGUCGGCGAGUCUUAUGGAAGGAGGCAGAUGAAUUAUGGAGAGAUGGUAAGUACUCGAAGCCUUAAAAUACGCAAGGAAAUUCAAGAAUUACGCUGUAAGGCAAUAGCCCUCUUAAGUUGUAACGUUCCUCGGUUAUUUCAGUUUUUCGAAUAAGUAGUUCGAUUUUGUAAAUCUAGCUUGUUGAAGAGAUUUUUGAUAGCGUUUAGAUACAAACAAGGCUGGUUUCACAGGUCAGAAGAAAAGAAUCAAUACAAACAGCACUUCUUUUAUUCUUUUGUAAUGAAUGUCAACGGUUGCAGCACUUUCUUAUUUCAGGUUGAUGAAGCGUCACAGCCAUAAGAUGGAUGAGUCGUUCUGUUUUUGGGUCGUUCUGUUUUUGUCUGUUUGCUACCGAUAAAGCCAAGAUUAGGUCGCGUAAUACUGAUUCUGAAUAUAGGAAUAAGUAGACAGAAGGAAAAGUAAUUUGAAUUUCGAGAUUGAGAGAGAUGCUAACAAAUUCAAAUGAUUUGUAAGCAGACGUCAAGUCGUUGAACUAAUUGAGAAUGAACAAUGAACACUCGCCUGGUACUACUAGGUUUAGAUUGAUAUCGCAUUUCCUGCUCCUAAACAAAUGCACUAAAACACAAUAUAAUUUCUCGCAACAACUACAUGCAAUGAACACCUUCAGCUAACUACAAGCAUUUGUAUCACAAACAUCGCUGUAUAGAAAAUGAAGAAUCGAGAGUGGAAUAUAAAUGAACAACUCGUUUACCUCGUUUUGAUUUAUAGACCGGAAGUUUCUAGUCCCUAUGGAGAAAAUUAUAGUAGAACAUUACUUGAAGAUAAGUCGUUUUUUUCGUAAGUCGAUACAACUAGUUUCAUGAAUGAAUAGGAAUGAACCUUUAUACAGAAUCAUCGUUGUUGUACGAAGUAGCAUUGUUUCUCUCUGGAAGGUUGUUCCAUAGAUGUGACUGUGAGGCUCGCUGGAAGGUUGUCCCAUAAAAGUAACUGUUCUAUUCUACGACAUAACUACGAUGUUUCGCUCUAGAAAAGUUCAUUCUUUUAUGGCACUUCAAUGGCCUCUAACGCUCACCCCCUCGUAGGUGAGCCAACUCCUAUCCUAUCCUACUACAAAGCUCGGCGUUGCAAAAGGUGUG